AUGAAAUAUAUAUGUUCUUUAAGUUCUGGAUUUGGUAUUUUGGCAUUUGGUUGUGGUCUUUCAGUAUAUAAUGGAAUUCAAGGAUUUGUAAAUCCUGGUGAGCUUGAAUCGCUCUCAUGGUGUGCUUCCUUUACUAGAGCAUUUUUUGAAGUCCAAAGGCGAGCUCGAAAUGAAGGACUUUCUGUGAAACAAUAUUUGGUAAGUGCGGGUGCUGAUCCAAGUAUAAAGGUUGUUCUGUUAGAAGAUGCUGCAUCAAUAACUGGCGUUUUGAUUGCUCUUACAUGUGUAUCACUCACUCAUGUGACUGGUACUACAGGUUUUGAUAGUUUUGGUUCAAUAUUGAUUGGUUUAGUACUUGGAACUGCUGCAUAUCAAAUAAUUUGGGCAAAUGCUCUUCAUUUAGUAGGACGGUCAUUACCAGAAAGUAAACAAAGGCAAAUAAUUGCUUACAUGACAGAAGAUCCAAUUAUUAAGAGAAUGCAUGAUGUUAAAGCUACAUAUAUGGAUGUAAAUGAUUAUCGUUUCAAAGCUGAAAUUGAAUAUAAUGGACGUGAAAUUACAAAAUUAUAUUUAAAAGAGGAUUGUAAUAUGGAAGAAUUACAGCAACAAGUCUCAAAAAUUACUAACAAAAAAGAACUUGAAGAAUUUAUGCUUUUGCAUGGUGAAAAACUUAUUGACAAGGUUGGGGAUGAAGUUGAUCGUCUUGAAAAGAAAGUUAGAGAAAAAUACCCAGAGUUUCAACAUAUAGAUUUAGAAUCAUCUUGA